AUGGCAGAAUUAUAUUUCUUACGACACGGUCAGAGAAUAGAUCAUGUCAGCAGUAAGGAGGAAAAUGGGAUUGAAGCGAUAUAUAAGGAUUACAAGGAGUACGAUCCAUCGUUGGCGACUAGCGCCAUCGGGCAGGUCGAGACGGUAGGGAGGGAGAUUUUGGAGCACACACAAGUAUUCGAUGACAAUGAGAGUGGGAGUGUCAGAAAGAACGUGUUUAUCCAUUUUUCACCGUACUUGAGGUGUUGUCAGACUGCCGAUUUGUUGGUGAGUAAUCUCAAGGCGAGAUUUGAAGAGAAAUACCCUAAAUACAAGGUGAGGUUUCAGCUUUUGGGGGAUUUUGCGUUGUCUGAGUGGGUACAUGAUAAAAUGAAGAACAAGCCACCGUUUGUUGAUUCGAACGAUGCGUACCAUAUGUAUACACCAAACAUCAAGUUGUUGAAGAAUCGGUCAUGUGUGUCAAACUUCCGUCCGACUAAUACUUUGGGUCCAUACAAUGGGCCUGAUCUAAGCUAUAAGGACUACCAGGCGAACUGUAAGGAGUACUUCCAGAAGUUGCUAGCUACAUAUAAUAGACCGGUACAUCUUAAGAACCAAGAUAUAAUCAUUGUCAUAUCUCAUGGAUAUGCCAUAAAUAAUUUCCUAUCUUAUUUCAUAAACCAUCCUAUUUUCGAUGAAAUACCAGAAGCAUCAUUAAACUUUGCAAGAAGAGUUCUUGAGAAUGAGGAUUAUGAAAUCGAAGACCCACUUGACCUAGAACAAUAUAAAUGGAAAUUGUUUAAAGAUUCCUUGGGUUUAUUGGAAAAGGAAGAUAUCGAUAGUACUCUCAACUUGGAGACAGAUAUAGUGUACUACAAGACUAAUUUUUUCAAGAAGGAUGAUUUUGAUGAAUCGAACAAUUUGAAACUUCCAAAUGCUCCUACACAAGAACAGCCCCGGGCAUCCUUCAGAAUGUCUACUGCUAGGUCCACGAAGGAUCCAAAUAGACCCGAAGUGAUAACGAAUUAUAAUCCUAUUUGCCCAGCAGCAAAGGAUUGGUCUCCACAGAUGUCUAAACAAUUCGAUGUUAAAACAAAUUUCAAGUUAAAGGCAAUAAACGAUGAGGCAUUCAAGAAGACAUUCAACAUUAGCAAUCAUCCAUCGAAACCUAUUUCGCCUGAAGUAUCACCAAAUUCAGAACCAACGAGAAAUAAUUCUGUUAUUGAUUUAACUAAAUUGAUUGAUAAUGAAGAAGCCAAUAGACCCAUGAAGUUGAAAUAUUCGACUACUUCUGAAAUUCCUAUUCAUCGCUUGAACUCGAAAAUCAAUUCGCAAGUCAAUUUAGCUCAAUAUCAAAGAGACAACGCCUCUUCAAACGAUAAUUCGACAACUGAUUUGCCAAAGUUUCUUUCUUCUCUACAGAACAAACCAAGAAAGAGAUCGACUUCGAAUCCAAUCUUGGCAACGGUGGCACAUAAUGCAAAGGAUUCGUAUUUCCCACUGAAUAUUGUUGGCAAGGUCGGUAAUAGACAAAGUAAUGACCUGUUGGCAUCAAUAGAUUCAGGAUCUCCAGUUGAUGAUUAUGGCUCGGGAAGCGAUCUUGAUAUAAUAGAAGAACACAACGUAAGACCAAUUCAAGGCCCUCAGCAACCAGAAAAUCCAUUGUUGAGUAGAUCACAAUCUUUGAAUUACAAACGUAACAUAAGUGAUAAAGGAACUACAUCGUUAUUGGCUAAAUAUAAACAACACCAGCUUAAUAACGAAAGUGACGAUAGUGAUUCUCAUCAAAAAGCAUUUGCAUUACCUUACAACUUGGGUAGAAACAAUCAAUACCAGAAAACUACUACUACACCUCCACCACGGAGAACUCCAUCGUCUCCCGUAUCAAAUACCAGUCCUAGAGUUAGAAAUUCAAUAAAGUUUAUACCAUCUGUAUUUAACGGUGAUGGAACGAAUGGUGCUGUCGGCGGUACUUCUACUCCAACAGGAUUUAGCGUGCCGAAUACUAAUGCCACAUCUAAGAAACCCAUGUUCUAUCAUUUUAACUCUGAUGAUGGAUCUAACAGUGACUCUGGAGAUUCUUCGUCUGAUAUUGAUGACUACAAUGGUGAUGGUGAUGAAGAUGAUAAAAUGGAUGUGGAUAAAGACAAACAAAAACCAAAAAAGAAGAAAGAGCAGUAUAUUUGGUUUGGUCAAAAUAGGAGAUAG